CCGGCUCUGCCCGGCCCCCCGCCGCCGCUCGCCGCAGACCCGCGGACGCCCAGGGGCAGCCGGGCGCUUGAGCCAUGAUCGCCGCGGCUUUCCUGGUGCUGCUGAGACCCUACAGCAUCCAGUGCGCCCUCUUCUUGCUCCUGCUGCUGCUGGGGACCAUCGCCACGAUUUUAUUCUUCUGCUGCUGGCACCGCAGGCUCCAGAAAGGGAGGCAUCCCAUCAAAUCCGUCUUUUCAGGCCGCUCAAGGAGCCGAGAUGCUGUCAUGAGAACUCAUCACUUUCGCUCUGAGGGCUUUAGAUCAAGUCCUCGUCAUGCUAGAAGACGUGUAGCACCUCGCCUUGAGGAAACACAACCUAUAGUGGAAGCUCACCACCUAAGUGAGCAGGAAACUUCUGUGAGAAAAAGAAAAAUCAAGAAAAGCAGCCGAGUUCAACCAGAAUUUUAUCAUUCUGUUCAAGUUACCCCAACUCGAAAACCUAGCUCCGGCAACGCGUCCUACCGAUGCUCCAUGUCGUCCUCCGCCGAUUUCUCCGACGAGGAAGACUUCAGCCAGAGGUCGGGGACGGUGUCGCCGGCGCCGGGGGACACCCUGCCCUGGAACCUGCCCAAACACGAGCGGUCCAAGCGGAAGAUCCAGGGCGGCUCCGUGCUGGACCCCGCCGAGAGGGCCGUGCUGCGCAUCGCCGAUGAGCGGGACAAAGUACAAAAGAAGACCUUCACAAAAUGGAUAAAUCAGCAUCUCAUGAAGGUUCGAAAGCACGUGAAUGACCUUUAUGAAGACCUAAGAGAUGGACAUAACCUAAUCUCACUUUUAGAAGUCCUUUCUGGAGACACCCUGCCCCGAGAAAAAGGUCGGAUGCGUUUUCACAGACUCCAGAACGUCCAAAUUGCACUUGACUAUUUGAAAAAACGCCAGGUGAAACUGGUUAACAUUAGAAAUGAUGACAUAACAGAUGGGAAUCCCAAAUUGACUUUGGGGUUGAUAUGGACCAUAAUUUUGCACUUUCAGAUAUCUGAUAUCCAUGUUACUGGAGAGUCAGAGGACAUGUCUGCUAAAGAGAGACUGCUCCUGUGGUCGCAGCAGACAACCGAGGGUUAUGCUGGAAUCCGUUGUGAAAAUUUCACUACCUGCUGGCGCGAUGGAAGAUUAUUUAAUGCCAUCAUUCAUAAAUACAGGCCGGACCUGAUAGACAUGAGUACCGUUGCUGUUCAAAGCAACCUUGCAAAUUUAGAACAUGCUUUUUUUGUAGCAGAAAAACUUGGUGUUGCCAGACUUCUGGAUCCUGAAGAUGUUGAUGUUUCCUCACCUGAUGAGAAGUCAGUAAUAACUUAUGUGUCAUCACUUUAUGAUGCAUUUCCCAAAGUACCAGAAGGUGGUGAAGGCAUCGGUGCAAAUGAUGUUGAAGUCAAAUGGGUUGAAUAUCAGAAUAUGGUGAACUACCUCAUGCAGUGGAUCAGACACCAUGUCACAAUAAUGUCUGACAGAACAUUUCCCAACAAUCCUGUGGAAUUGAAGGCACUUUAUAAUCAAUAUUUACAGUUUAAAGAAACAGAAAUUCCACCAAAGGAGACAGAUAAAUCAAAAAUUAAACGUCUAUACAAACUCCUAGAGGUCUGGAUAGAAUUUGGACGCAUCAAACUUCCUCAAGGCUAUCAUCCAAAUGAUAUAGAAAAAGAAUGGGGAAAGCUUAUUAUUGCCAUGCUGGAAAGAGAGAAGACCCUUCGGCCUGAAGUGGAGAGGUUGGAAAUGCUGCAGCAGAUCGCAAACAGAAUUCAGCGGGACAGCCGGAGCUGUGAGGACAAACUGAUACUUGCCCGGAAUGCUCUGCAGUCUGACACCAAGCGAUUAGAGUCAGGGCUCCAGUUCCAACAUGAAGCAGAGAUAGCUGGGUAUCUUCUUGAAUCUGAGAACCUUCUCCGCCAGCAAGUGAUUGAUGCCCAAAUUCUUAUUGAUGGAAAAUACUAUCAGGCAGACCAGCUUGUGCAAAGAGUUGCAAAACUUCGUGAUGAGCUAAUGGCUGUACGGACCGACUGUUCUUCUGUGUACAACAAGGGGCAUGCACUGACAACAGAGCAGACAAAGCUGAUGAUAUCAGGAAUAACCGAAAGCUUAAACUCAGGAUUUACAGCAAACCUAACCCCUGAAUUAAAUGCUGCAAUGACCCAAGGUUUAACACCUACUUUGACUUCAUCCAGCUUGACAUCUGGUCUUUCAUCAGGUCUUACAUCCAGACUGACACCAACCAUCACUCCCGCUUACACACCAGGCAUCCCACCACGGUUAAUUCAAAGCUACGUGACAGGAGUAGACAGUGGGACUCUGCAAACACUCAAGCUGAUGCAAAUCAGAAAACCUCUUAUGAAAUCAGCUUUUGUGGAUCAGAAUUUAACAGAAGAAGAGGUGAACAUGAAAUUUGUCCAGGAUCUAUUGAGCUGGGUGGAAGAAAUGCAGGUGCAACUUGAUCGAGCAGAAUGGGGUUCGGAUUUACCAAGUGUUGAAAGCCAUUUAGAAAAUCACAAAAAUGUCCACAAAGCUAUUGAGGAAUUUGAAUCCAGCCUUAAAGAAGCUAAAAUCAGCGAGAUCCAAAUGACUGCCCCUCUUAAACUCAGUUAUGCAGAAAAAUUGCACAAACUGGAGAGUCAGUAUUCAAAACUCUUGAACACAUCGAGAAAUCAGGAAAGACAUCUGGAUACUCUUCACAACUUUGUGUCUCGUGCUACUAGAGAGCUGAUAUGGCUGAAUGAAAAAGAAGAGGAAGAGGUUGCAUAUGACUGGAGUGAAAGAAACCCCAAUAUAACAAGAAAAAAGGAAUACCAUGCGGAAUUAAUGAGAGAACUUGAUCAAAAAGAAGAAGUUAUUAAAUCAGUACAAGAAAUAGCUGAGCAAUUGCUUCUUGAAAAUCACCCAGCCAGGCUAACCAUUGAGGCCUAUAGAGCUGCAAUGCAGACACAAUGGAGCUGGAUUCUUCAGCUCUGUCACUGUGUUGAACAACAUUUGAGAGAAAAUGCUGCAUAUUUUGAGUUUUUCAGUGAUGCCAAAGAAGCCAUGGAAUAUUUGAAGAAUUUGAAGGAUACCAUAUACAGAAAAUACAGUUGUGAUAGAUCAAGUAGCCUUCAUAGGCUGGAAGACCUUGUCCAGGAGUCUAUGGAAGAAAAAGAACAACUCUUGCAGUAUAAGAGCACAGUAGCAGGCCUUGUGGGGAGAGCAAAGGCAAUAAUUCAGCUGAAGCCAAGGAACCCUGACUGUAUACUCAAAACAUCCAUCCCAAUUAAAGCCAUCUGUGACUAUAGACAAAUUGAGAUAACUAUUUACAAAGAUGAUGAGUGUGUGUUAGCAAACAACUCCCAUCGUGCUAAAUGGAAAGUCAUUAGCCCAAGUGGUAAUGAGGCCAUGGUUCCAUCUGUAUGCUUUACAGUUCCUCCACCAAACAAAGAAGCAAUAGAUACAGCCAACAGGAUUGAACAGCAAUUUCAGAAUGUUCUGGCCCUUUGGCACGAGUCACAUGUAAACAUGAAGAGUGUGGUGUCCUGGCAUUACCUGACAAACGAAAUUGAAGCUGUUCAAGCUGGCAAUGUUGCCUCGAUAAAGACAAUGCUGCCAGGUGAACAUCAGCAGGUUCUAAGCAAUUUGCAGUCCCGCUUUGACGAUUUUGUGGAAGAUAGCCAGGAAUCAAAAAUCUUUACAAGCUCCGAUACAGCACAGCUGGAAAGGGAAGUUAAUGUUUGCAAGCAAUACUAUCAAGAGCUUCUGAAAUCUGCAGAAAGAGAGGAGCAGGAGGAAUCUAUUUACAAUCUGUACAUCUCUGAAGUCCGGAAUAUCAGACUUCAGCUGGAGAGUUGUGAGGAGCGGUUAAUACGGCAGAUCCGAACCCCAAUGGAAAGGGAUGACCUACAUGAAAGUGUGCUUAGGAUUUCAGAGCAAGAGAAACUGAAGAAAGAGCUGGAUAGGCUGAAGGAUGACCUGGGAGUCAUUGCAGAUAAAUGUGAAGAGUUUUUCAGUCAAGCUGCUGGUUCACCUUCAGUCCCUACGCUGCGCUCUGAACUCAAUGUUGUCAUUCAGAAUAUGAACCAAGUUUAUUCCAUGUCUUCCAUUUAUAUAGAUAAAUUGAAAACUGUAAAUUUGGUGCUGAAGAACACCCAAGGAGCAGAAUCAUUAGUAAAACUCUAUGAAACUAAGUUGUGUGAAGAAGAGGCAGUAACAGCUGACAAAAACAAUAUUGAAAAUCUGAUGGGUACAUUAAAGCAAUGGAGAUCUGAAGUAGAUGAGAAAAGGCAAGUGUUCCAUACCUUAGAGGAUGAGCUGCAGAAGGCAAAGAUGAUCAGUGAUCAGAUGUUCAAAAUGCACAAGGAGCGUGAUCUUGACUUUGACUGGCAUAAAGAAAAAGUCGAUCAGUUAGCCGAGAGGUGGCAAAACAUUCAUUCUCAAAUUGAAAAUAGGUUGCGUGACUUAGAAGGUAUUAGUAAAUCUCUGAAGUAUUACAAAGAUACUUACAAUACUUUGGAUACGUGGAUUCAACAAGUGGAAGAUACUCAGCGAAAGAUUCAAGAAAUCCAUCCUGAAAAUAGCAAAGCAUUGGCGAAACAGCUGAAUCAACAAAAGAUGCUAGUUUCUGAGAUUGAAAUGAAACAAAGCAAAAUAGACGAGUGCCAGAAAUAUUCAGAACAAUACUCAGCUGCUGUGAAGGACUAUGAAUUGCAGACGAUGACCUACAGAGCUAUGGUUGACUCCCAACAAAAGUCUCCAGUGAAACGCAGAAGAAUGCAAAGCUCAUCAGACUUCAUUAUUCAAGAGUUCAUGGAUUUACGGACUCGUUAUACUGCCUUAGUGACCUUGAUGACCCAAUACAUCAAGUUUGCAGGUGACUCUCUGAAAAGACUGGAAGAGGAAGAGAAGUCAAUGGAAGAAGAAAAGAAGGAACAUGUUGAGAAAGCUGGGGAUUUACUGAAAUGGGUGUCAAAUCUCAGCAAGACACUAAGCAAAGAAGAAGGAGAAAAGUCUGAAAAGACAGAUUUACCUAAGCAGCAGAUUUCCCUGGAUGAAAUGUCAACCAAGAAAGAACAAAUAGCUGAAGCUCUGCAGACUACUCAGUCAUUUUUAGCUAAGCACAGUGACAAAAUGACAGAUGAAGAGAGAAAUGAAAUGGAAAAGCAAGUCAGAUCCCUCCAGGAAAGCUACAGCUUGUUAUCCAAUGAAGCUUUGAAGCAGCUGCAGGAAACACAGUAUCUGGGUGAUGAAAAGAUGCAAGAAAAGGUGAAUAAAGUCAUUGCUGGUGUCAUUGACCAAACGACUGGAGAAGUCCUUUCAGUCUUUCAGUCUAUUUUAAAAGGUUUUAUUGACUACGAAACUGGAAUUAGAUUGCUCGAAAAUCAGCUGAUCCUUUCAGGAAUAAUGUCUCCAGAAUUAGGAGUAUGUUAUGAUUUGGAAGAAGCUAAAGCUCAUGCCUUAAUUGAUGAGCAGGCUCUGUUACAGUUGCAGGAAUUAAGUAACGCAAAGAAGCUCAUUUCAGAAUCAUCAAUAUCAAAUCUUCCAGUUGUAUCUGCUUUAGAACAAGGUCUAAUUUCAGAACCUUUGGCUGUUAAAAUUCUGGAGAAUCAGCUUGCAAGUGGGAACUUGAUUUUGCCAUCUACUGGAGAAAACCUGACUUUGCAGAAUGCUUUCCAGAGAAACCUGAUUCCUCCAACAUUAUACGCAAAGCUUCUGGAAAGACAAGACAUGUGUAAAGAUCUCAUAGACCCCAACUGUGCUGAGAAGAUUUCCCUUGAACAGAUGGUUCAUAGAAGCAUAAUACAUGACCAAACAGGGUUAAGACUCCUACCUGUGAAACCACAAGAAAACGGUAGAAUCAUGUUCAAAUGUGGAAGGAAGAUAACUAUUUUGAGGGCAGCCCAUGAAGGACUCAUUGAUCGGGAAACAAUGUUCAGGCUCCUGGGUGCUCAGUUAAUGUCUGGAGGUAUAAUUGACCCUGACUCAGGGAAGCGAAUGACUGUGGAAGAGGCCAUGAGACAAGGGAUGAUAGAUCAGGACACUGCUUGUGGGAUCCUCACACAUCAGGUUGAGACUGGUGGAAUCCUUUGUCCAAAUUCAGGACGGCGCUUGACUGUUGAUGAAGCUGUGCAAUGUAACUUAAUAUCAUCUACCAGUGCACUGCUGGUAUUAGAAGCACAGAGAGGGUUUGUUGGACUGAUUUGGCCUCACACUGGUGAAAUAUUCCCUAUAUCAACUUCUUUGCACCAAGAGAUGAUAACAAAUGAGCUGGCAUUCAAAAUACUAAAUGAUAGACAGAAAAUAGUUGCGCUUUACAUUCCAGAAACUUGUGAAAUAGUCAGUCUAGAUAGGGCUGCACAAUCAGGGAUAAUAGACAGCAAUACUGUAUCUGUUUUGACCAGCAUGACUUUACCAGAUAAAAUGCCCAGUGUAGAAGAAUUAGAGUCCCCUUGUAAAAACGCUGUAAAAUGGUUAUCAACAUAUGAAUUCCUGCCCUCUGUAUUUCAUGAUUGUGAGGACGAACGUGAAGAUUCUGGCACAGAAGACUCUGUAUGUCAUAAUUCAGAUCAAGCUAAGAAAUUAUUCAUAUCUUAUCUGAUGAUAAAUAGUUAUAUGGAUGCAAACACUGGAGGAAGACUUUUAUUAUAUGAUGGACAACUGCAAGAAGCCAUCAAUAUGUUGCUGGAAGGUGAUGGUGCUGUGUACAAUGUUGAUGUGUCAGAAAUGAAGUCUAAUAGCAAAUACAUAAGCCCAAAAGGAAUUAACCUCAAGUCAGCUGGCAGUGUUCAGGGUGAUCUUUCAGGUGCUGAGAAUACUUCUAAUAACAGGAAAUUAAAUCACUUUGAAGAUUUGGGUAAUUCUGUAUUUUCAAAGGGAGAAGAUCUCCAUGUGUGUAGACCAGAUGUUUGCAAUGCUAUUGGUACUGAGCAAUCAGAAUAUACACAGGAGGUGUUGUUAACUAACCCUACAGAUCUUAGAAACAUAGUAAGUAGCACUCAAAAUUCCAUGGACAGAUAUGCACUCAGAGGUCCUCUGGAGGUUUCUGAGUGGACAGAACUGCGUAAGCAUAACAAUCAGAAGGCAAAUUCAGGAAACACUGAAGGAUAUGUUUCAAAUUACUCAAGUCCAAAUCUUAUUUCAGAAACAGAGAAAGAAGAGAUUUAUAUGACAGACAGUCUGGGUAAUGAAAACAGGAAUGAUAAAACCUUACAAAAUUCCUUGAAUGUGAAUGAUUUGUCAGAUAAUGAAACCUGGAGAGAGCUGGAAAGGCGCCCAAAAUAUGGGCCUCACAUAUUGCAAGCUGACAAUAGCAGAAGGGUGCUGGAUAGCAGCAAGAAAGAUGAUUUUCAGAGAAGCCUUGGUUCAGCCAUCAGUGCAGAUACUGAAUAUAGACAUCCAGAAGGAUUGGAUGGUCACUAUGGUGACACGCUACAGUUUGAAGAUAAUGGAUAUCGUGAGCAACCUCUACAGGACUAUGCUGAUGUAUGUAAUAGGCCAUCCCUGGAGGACUAUCUUUAUGUACAUGGCAGGCCAUUCUCAGAGGAUUGUACUGUUUUGCAGAGUAAGCUGUGUCUGGAAGACACUGGAGAUGUGCACUGCAGGCCUUCAUUGCAUGGUGAUACUGUUACAAAUGAUGGACCACCUGUGGGGGACAGUAACAGCAUAGCACAAAGGCUAACAGUAGAAGAAAGGAGUCUUACAUUUGACAAGUUACUGCUGUGUGACAGUAGUUCUGACUCAUCCAUAGAAGGGAGUGAUGGCAUCCCACAGCUUGAAAGUAACUGCUUGCAGCAUGUAAGUAAGGUGGCUUCUGAAGAUGACAGCUCUCAGUUUGAUGAUGAUGAUGACGCCUAUGAAACACCUCAGGUUGAUGAUGAUGGUGACAGUGAUGUCUAUGAUACUCCACAAAUUGAUGACAAUGAUUCCUAUGACAGUCCUCAAGGUGAUGAUGGUUUUGAUACCUUGCAGUUGGGGGAUGAUGAUACACCAGAGCCAGAAUUGUCUGAAAUGUCAGUUCCAUUAGGUUUUCUAGAAGAGAGAGGUGGUCUAAUAACCAUGAGAGAAGAAACCAGCUCUUUUCAAGAACUUGCAACUGAUGUUGGAGAGACUGUCCAUAUAAAUCUGACAGGUCUACCUGAGAGUGUAAAUACAGCUUCUACAAGUGUCGAAACUAUGGAAAGAAUCCCUGAGGAGGAAAUGGAAAGAACAGGGAACAGGAAAGAACUGGAAAGAACAGUUACUCUGGAGAGUGAAGGAAGAAGGGAGGAGGGCCUUUGUUCUUUACAGAAGGUGUAUGAAGCAGAAGUAGGAGACAGAAAUGAGGAAGAUGAAAUGAAAGCAGAAAGUGAGUCCUCUGAGGAUGAAUCUGAAGGAACACAGGAGGAAGAAGAUGAUGAGGAGUAUUAUGAUAGCUAUGAUGACUCUGACACUGAUCCUGACAGUGAUGAAGAAAUGGAUGUUUUUUACUCACGCCGUCAAUGUAUAAGCAAAGGUGACCAGCUGUUAAUUUCCUUAGGAGACCAAGAAAAGAGUGAUGGAAAUGAUCAGAAUAUUGAUGACCAUUGCUAUUCUUUAGGCUGGAAGAGAGGGUAUACUUCGCAAAUCCAGUCUAACCAUGAAAAUGGGAAACUAUAUUCAGGAAAAUGUGAAUCUGCAUCAGAUGUUUCUGAGGAAAGAUGUGUUAGUCUUACAUGUACAAGUGAAGAAGACAGACAGCAGGAAACAGAAGAUGAAUAUGGGACUUGUGUCAAAAGUAAACACAUGUCACAAGAUAUUACUAAGCCCAUUCAGUCUAAAAAUACCUUUGACACUAAAUGGAUGUCCUGUAGGAGUGAGGAAAAUAAUAAAAGGCAUCUUAAGGUUCAAAGUUCUCAGCUUCUUGAUGAUGUUGUGACACCACCUGACAUUACUGUAAUAGCCUUCCCAAUUACAAAGCAAGCUACUGGUGAUGAUGAAAGUACGAUGCCAGUGUUACAUUCAAAUCAUGGUCAAAGACAGAGAGAAGCAGUAUUUGCAGAGGAAAAAGUGUUAAACUAUAUGGCUGGUAUGGAACAACUAAAGGAAAGUUCAUCCCAAAUGGACAACAAAUUCCUUGUGGAUAUGCCUUGUGUGAGUCCUGGUGAUAGAUCACUUAGUGACCAAGUACAUCCAGUCACUGGUAGGAAGCAUGGUCAAAUAGGAGAAGGUUUUGAAAUUCUUACAGAAAAUAAAAAUAGAGUAAAUAUUUUGGAGGAAUGUGAUAUCAUGGGGCUAAGUAAAAGUCCCAUUCAGAUGGAAAGCCUUGGGGAAAUAUUUGAUGCAUCAGUAAUUAAAGCUGGUAGAGAAACUCCUGUUUCAAGUAAAGAACAAGUAAAUGUUGAUCAAGGUUUGCUUGACGUUGGAGGUGGUGCAAAAUCAGAGGAAUUUAAGAGAGAUUUUAACAUUUCGGCUUUUUUAAAACAAUGUACAACAGAUGCAAAAGAAGGCAGCCAUUCAGAAUUGGAUGAAACUGAAUCCUGUUGCCUUGAGGACAGGGAAAGAGGGGAAAAGGGUAUACAGAAUGAAAAGGAUUUUCUGCUCGAUACAGAAGAAGUGCAUUCAAGUGAAUGCACUUACUCUUUCCCCCCAACAGAUACAGUGAAACCAAAGGAAAUUAGCAUAACUAAAGAAACAGAGAGAGUUAUGUGUCAAAAUACUGACAAUAUUCUUAAAGACUUUUCAGAAAACAAGAGCAGCAAUGAUACUGAAUUUUCCCCAAUAACAGCAGAUGCUUUAGGAAGUACUGAGGAUGCCAAAGAAUCAAGGGAUGGGAGUGAAGUGCUACCUUCUGGGAGUCGUACCCAUACCACUGAUGUUUAUUCUGCAAUUCUGAGCAGCAUGGGGCCUGACUUGAGUUAUGGUGCCCAGAAAGAACAUGAGACGCUGAAAAACACAAAGGGAGAAAACUUCAUGGCCAGUGAGACUUCUUCCCUUGGAAAUGAUUUCAAAAAAGGACAAAUGUCCAUGCAGUCAUUACAAAAGGAAACUGCACCCUGCAAAGAUUUUCAAGUAAAGGAAGGUAUUUCACAAUUGCCAGAAAUGACUGAUGCACUAAUGGAAGACUUAAAGAAUAUAUUACAAAGGAAAUUGAAAAUGGGACAUGUUUACUGCACGCAGGAGGGUGAACCCCUAAGUUACUCCAAUACCAAAACUUUAAUGCAAAAUUUACUUGCAAUGGUUAGAAGCACCCAGCUUAGGAGUGACACGUCUAGUGGGUCAAAUCUCAAGCAAAUAAGCAGUGCAGUUAGAACUGCAUUAAUGGUUACCACACCAUGUACAGAGCCAAAGGACAGUGGUACUCUUUCAUUGCUUUGGCCUGAUUGCAGAAGUCCUGAUCUCCUUCGUGAUAUUCUGAAGCAAGAAUCCUGCAAGGAAAAGAUGGAUGAUCCAGAUGAAAGGAAGGGUGAAACAGACGUGAAAACUCCUGUUCCAAAACUUACUACUUCUGAACUUGUGGAGAUUUUUCAAAUCUCACCUGGAGAUGAAAGUAUAAGCAAGUUAGAGGAGCUGAUAAGUAGUUUGCUUACAACCUCACAGGUUGCUGGUAUCACAACAGAACGGGAUGGUAAAGGCAAAGUAGAUGGGCUUUGUACUCUUUUCUCAACAGAACAAUCAGAGUUUGGAUCAGAAAUUGCUAAAGAGAAAACAUUGGCAGACAACACAGGCAUUGCUUGGAAAAGUGACCAGGAGCAUGGGAAGACAAACAGCUUGUCCAAAAGCUGUACUGAGGCUUUUUUCAAAACAAAAGAAGCAGUCCUAGAAGACACCCCCACUAGUAUGGUCGAUGGAGUACAGCAAUGUGUAAAGUUAACAGACAAAAUGCGAGGACAUCAGGCAGUGCUUCAGGAUAUGAAAAGCCACCUAGAUAACCAGCAGCCUAUUAGUAACAACCUGGAAAUACUAAAAGAUGAAUUGGAACAACUAGAGUCAUUUGAAUCAGGAUUGGCUACCUUUGCAAUUAUCCUAAAAAAGGACAUGAAGUUGACAGAAGAGUUUUUAAAGUUUUGUCACAGGGAUAUUCCUGAGGAGAAACUUAAAGAGCUAAAGAUAAGCUACGACUAUUUGCAGGAAGCAUUUCUGGUGGUCUGUGAUACAUCUUCGAAACGAGCAAAACAAGUAGUCUGUGCUAUUGAGUUGGAAAUGUCUAAGCUUGCAGUAUUACACCAGCAACUUUUAAGCAAGCUGCAGAGAUUUUCAGACUGGAUCACAGAAAACAGUAAAAUCGUGAACGACUUUGUAGUGAAUACGAAUGAUAUAGAAGAGGUGAAGAAAAGUUUACAGCUACUUAAAAACAGUGCUGCAGAGCUCAGCUGUAAAAAAAUGCAACUGGAGUCCACUGCAUUCGAUGUUCAGUUCUUCAUUUCUGAACAUGCCCAAGACCUUUCUCCUAAUCAGAGCAAACAGCUGCUGAGGCUCUUAAAUACCACCCAGAAAUUUUUUCAGGAAGUACAGGAAGCAAUAACAUCUCAAGUGGAAAGUUUAGAGACUCAGUUGCAGGCAGCGCAAGAGCUGGGUGAUCAGAAGGAUGUGGCUGAACGGCAGCAGGAAUGCAAAGAGAAGCUGCAGGAAAUCUGUGAUUUGCUUACACAGACUGAAAAUCGCCUCAUUGGACAGCAAGAGUCUCUUGUUAUUGGAGACAGCAAGGCUGAGCUAGAACAAUACCAGACCAAACAGGAGGAGAUACAAAAAGACAUGAGAAUGAGUGCCCAGACACUGGCAGAGAUUGUGAAAAAUACUGAAACCUUCUUGAAAGAAAAUGGAGAAAAGCUGUCAGAAGAAGACAAGACUAUUCUUGAACAGAAACUGAAUGAAGCUAAGACAAAGUGUUUGCUCCUUAGCCAGAGGGCAGAAGAGUCCAAAAAAGAACUGGAUAAAGCUAUGACAACAGCAAUUAAACAGGAAACAGAAAAGGUGGCAGCCAUAGAACAGCUGGAAGAAAGUAAAAAUACAAUAGAAAAUCUCCUGGAUUGGUUAUCAAAUGUGGAUAAAGAAGCAGAGCACAGCCGGAAAUUUAAGGAGACGAUAGAACAGAAUGGAACACACUUUGAAGAGGGAGAUGUGAAGGCUUUGGAAGGAGAGGAGGAUGAUGUCAAUGGUAAUCUGCUGGAAUUUCAGCAAGACAUUGAAACUCGGGUGGAUGGACUAGUAAAAAGCACAGAAGAUAAUCUGAACCAGCAGUAUCAGAAAGUCAAGGCUCAACAUGAGAAAAUUAUUUCACAGCAGCAGGCUGUCAUAGUAGCAACUCAGUCUGCUCAGGCACUGCUUGAGAAACAAGGGCACUACCUUUCCCCUGAAGAAAAAGACAAGAUGCAAAGGAACAUGAAAGAGCUGAAGGCUCAGUAUGAGACUGCUUUAGCUGAAUCAGAACGGAAAAUGAAGUUGACUCAUUCCCUAAGAGAAGAACUUGAGAAAUUUGACGCAGACUAUAGUGAAUUUGAAACCUGGCUGCAGCAGGCAGAACAAGAACUUGACAAUUUGGAGGCAGGGGCUUCUGACUUUAGUGGUAUUAUGGUCAAACUGAAGAGGCAGAAGAGUUUUUCAGAAGAUGUUAUAUCUCACAAAGGUGAUUUACGGUAUAUUACAAUUUCCGGACAAAGAGUUUUAGAUGCUGCAAGGUCAUGUAGCAAAAGAGAUGGUGUGAAAGUUGACAAAGAUGGUAUCGAUACUUCGGCUACGUACGCUGAAGUGCAAAAUAAACUGGAUAGUGCUUCAGAUCGUUUCAAAUCUCUCUAUACAAAGUGUAGCAUCCUUGGAAAUAACCUUAAAGACCUGGUGGAUAAAUACCAGCAUUAUGAAGAUGCCUCAUCUGGACUUUUGUCGGGUCUCCGGGCCUCUGAAAUAGCUGUGAACAAACAACUAUCAGAGCCAAUUGCAGUGGAUCCCAAAAAUCUCCAAAGACAACUAGAAGAAACUAAGGCUCUUCAGGGGCAAGUGUCUAACCAUCAAAUUGCUGUAGAAAAACUGAAAAAAGCUGCUGAAGUGUUACUGGAUACAAGGGGAGAGUUGACACCAGACAAAGAUGAGAUUCAGAAAACACUGGAUGAUAUUGUGGAGAGGUAUGACAAUUUAUCCAAGUCUGUGAAUGAAAGGAAUGAGAAGCUCCAAAUAACUCUGACACGAUCCCUGAGCGUGCAGGAUGGUUUGGAUGAAAUGCUGGAUUGGAUGGAAAGUGUUGAAAAGAGCCUUGAAGAACAAGACCAAGUGCCUUUGAGUUCUGCUGCUAUUCAGGAUAUUAUUAGUAAAAGCAUUGUGCUAGAACAAGACAUUGCGGGUCGCCAAAGCAGUAUAAACACUAUGAAUGAAAAAGUGAAGAAGUUCACAGAAACAGCAGAUCCGUCCACUGCAUCCACACUGCAAGCUAAAAUGAGUGAACUUGCAGGACGGUUUUCUGAAGCAAGUAACAAGCAUAAAGAGAAGCUUAUGAAAAUGGAGGAAUUGAAGACUAAAGUGGAGUUAUUUGAAGAUCUGUCAGAAAAACUUCAGUCAUUUCUAGAUGAGAAAAACCAGGCACUCAGUGAGACCGAGGCACCAAGAAAGGAUGUUAGUGAAGUGUCUCAGUAUAUGCAGGAAGCUAGUGUAGAAUUGGCACAACAUAAGAAAGAUCUGGAAGUUUUGCAGCAGCUUCUUGAAGAACUUUCAUUCCAUGCUCUUCCUGGAGAUAAAGCAUUGGUGUCAGAAAAAGUAAAUGCUUUGUCAAAGAAAUUCAGAGAGGUAGAGGAGACUGUAAAGGAAAAAGAAGAGGAUGUAUCAUCUUGUCAGAAACAAAUGGAUGCUUUCGAGCUCCUUGUAGAAUCAUUAAAGAAAUGGAUAAAAGAGACGACAGAACAAAUUCCAGCAGUGCAGCCCUCUCUGAAUACAGAGGAGUUAAAGAAACCUUUGGAAGAUACAUUGAAUUUGAAAGAUGAAUGGACAUUAAAAGCACCUGAACUGCAGAAAAUGAAUAGCAGAGGAACAUUGCUGUGUAAUCUAAUUACUGCUGUGACUUCUCCUGCCAAACUGAGAGCAGUUGCCAAAUCAGGUGGCACAAUGUUAAAUGGUGAAGGAGGAGCUCCAGGAACUCAGGAUUUCUUGAAAAAUAAAGAACUGACAACUGUUCAACAAGCUAUGUCUGAUGUAAAUCACAGUUACGAAGAUUUGGGAGUUUUAUUGAAGGAAAAGGUUUCAGAACUAGAAAGUAUGCUUUCAAAAAUGCAGAAUAUUCAGGAAGAAUCAACCUCAGUGAUGCAGUGGUUGCAAAAAAUGGACAAAACUGCAUCAGAUUGGGAAGCUGCUCCAACUGAUAGUGAAGCGGUUAAAGCCCUAGUUGAGCAACAUAAGCUUUUUGAAACUGAAUUAAAGCAAAGUGCGAAUAAAGUGCAGGAACUAAAGGACAAAGUGACAGAGCUGUUGGAGAAGAAUCCUGACUCUCCUGAGGCACCCAAGUGGAGACAAACAUUGGAUAAAAUAGAUUCCAAAUGGAAAGAGCUCAAUCAAGUCACAUCUGAGAGACAACAAAAACUGGAGGAGUCUUCAAAUUACCUGACCCAGUUCCAGACAGCAGAAGCUCAGUUAAAGCACUGGCUUGUAGAAAAGGAGCUAAUGGUCAGUGUGCUGGGACCACUAUCAAUUGAUCCCAAUAUGCUGAAUACACAGAAGCAACAGGUUCAGAUUCUGCUCAAAGAGUUUGACACCAGAAAACCACAAUAUGAACAGUUAACUACGGCUGGUGAAGGGAUUCUGAAGAGACCUGGUGAACGUUCACCCUCCCAUGAAAUUGUAAAGGAGCAAUUGGCAGCUGUAGCACAAAAAUGGGACAGUCUAACUGGCCAACUGAGGGACAGAUGUGACCGAAUUGACCGAGCCAUCGUGAAGAGCAGAGAGUAUCAAAGUCUGCUCAGAAGUCUGUCUGAUAAGCUAAGUGCCUUGGAUAGCAAACUAAGCAGCAGCCUGGCUGUGAGUACGCAGCCUGAUGCUGUGAAACAACAACUGGAAAUUGCUAGAGAAAUGAAGGAGGAAAUAGAACAGGAAAUGAAGAAUAUAAAUGCAGCUCAAGCUCUUUGUGAAGAGCUGUCAAUGCUGGUUGGAGAAGAGUAUUUGAAAGCAGAACUUACAAGACAGUUAGAUGGCAUCUUAAAAUCAUUUAAGGAUAUUGAGCAAAAAUCAGAUAACCAUGUUCAGCAGCUUCAGUCAGCGUAUGCCGCUUCUCAUCAGUUCCAGCAAAUGUCUAAGGACUUUCAGGCUUGGCUAGGCAAAAAGAAAGAAGAGCUGAACCAGGCUCGUCCUGUAUCAGCCAAACUUGAUACCUUGCAAUCACUAAUUGAAGAACAGAAAGAUUUUAAGACGACCAUGACCAAUCAGAUUAGUUCAUAUGAAAGAAUUGUUGCAGAAGGAGAAAGUAUCUUACAGAAGACUCAGGGAGCUGACAAAGCAGCAUUACAGUCCCAAAUUGCCACACUCAGAAGUAACUGGGAUGAAAUGAAUAAGCAGGUAAAAGAAAGGCAAGAUAAAUUAACAGAUUGUCUGGAGAAAGCCCUCAGAUACAAGCAGCAUGUAGAAAACCUGCAGCCAUGGAUAGAGAAAUGCCAAAGCAACCUGUGUGAAUUAAAAGUUGGCAUAAACCCUGUUGAAAUAGAGAAUUCUAUUGUUCAGGUGAAGGCCUGGCAGAAGGACCUGGAUAAACACCAUGGGAUGGUGGAGCUAUUAAAUAAUACUGCUGAAAGUUUGCUCAGUGCAAGUCAAACAGAUAAAGAAAUUGUUGAAGAAGAAACUAAGGUGCUUAAUCAGAAAGUGAAUGUGGUCACAGAACAAUUACAUAAGAAGAGAGAGUGCUUGGAAAAUAUGGCACAAAUGCUGAAGGAGUUCCAGGAAUCCUCCAGGGAAACUGAAAAACAGCUUAAAAGUGCCAGAGAGCAUCUGGAAGCUCAUGACUCGCUUGGACCUCAGUCAUUCAGUAACAAACACCUGACAAUGAUGCAGGCCCAGCAGAAAACCUUGCAGGCUUUAAAGCCUCGUAUUGAUUUAGCUAAAAAGCUUGCCCAAGACCUGGUGGUAGAAGCUUCUGAUUCAGCAGGUGUUUCUGACCUUCUGCUCCAAGCUGAAUCUUUGGAGCGAGAAUACACUGCAGUGAACCAGCAGGUUGAAGAAAGGUGCUCGUUCUUAGAGGCAAAACUUCAGGGAAUCGGCCAUUUCCAAAACAGCAUCCGAGAGAUGUUCUCUCAGUUUGCAGAGUUUGAUGAUGAACUUGAUAGCAUGGCUCCAGUGGGGAGAGAUCUCGAGGUACUGCAAUCACAGAGAGAGGACAUAAAACAUUUCUUGAAAAAGCUGGAAGAUCUUAUAAUGAAUAAUGAAAAUGCUAAUAAAAACUGUAAGAUGAUGCUAGCCACAGAAGCUGAAGCUUCUCCUGAUCUUGUUGGCAUAAAAAGAGACUUGGAAGCUUUAAAUAAACAGUGUAACAAGCUACUAGACAGAGCAAAAGCCAGGGAAGAUCAAGUGGAGGGUACUAUUAGCCGUGUUGAGGAGUUUUACCAUAAGCUACAAGAAUUUUCUAGUCUGCUUGGGAGAGCUGAAGAACGUGAAGAGUCACAAGGUCCUGUUGGAAUGGAAACAGAGGCUAUUAAUCAGCAGCUGAAUACAUUCAAGGUAUUCCAGAAAGAAGAAAUUGAACCCCUACAAAUAAAACAACAGGAGGUAAAUUGGUUGGGUCAAGGCCUUAUUCAAAGUGCUGCUAAAAGUACCAACACAGAAAACCUUGAACACGACCUUGAAGAUGUCAACACCCGAUGGAAGACUCUUAAUAAGAAGGUUGCCCAGCGUGCUGCGCAGUUGCAGGAAGCUCUCCUUCACUGUGGGAGAUUUCAGGAUGCACUUGAAUCUCUGCUUAGCUGGCUCAUCGAUACAGAAGACCUUGUGGCUAAUCAGAAACCACCAUCUGCUGAAUUCAAAGUUGUGAAGGCCCAAAUACAAGAACAGAAACUUCUCCAGCGGUUGCUGGAUGACCGCAAGCCUACUGUUGAGGUAAUCAAGCGUGAAGGGGAGAAAAUUGCAGAGUCAGCAGAACCUGCUGAUAGAGUGAAAAUUUUGAAACAGUUGAGCUUCCUGGAUAGUCGAUGGGAUGCAUUGCUCAGUAAAGCUGAAACAAGGAACCGUCAGUUGGAAGGCAUCUCGGUGGUAGCACAGCAGUUCCACGAAGCUCUAGAGCCACUGGUGGAGUGGCUGACUGCCACAGAGAAGAGGCUUGCAAAUGCAGAACCCAUUGGAACGCAGGCCUCCAAACUGCAGCAGCAAAUUUCUCAGCAUAAAGCCCUAGAAGAUGAUGUCCUAGCUCACAAUAAGAGUUUACUUCAGGCCAUUAGCACUGGUCAGUCUCUAAAGACUAUGAGCUCCAGGGAAGAUAAAGAUAUGGUGCAGGAAAAGCUAGAUUCUUCUCAGGCCCGAUACAUUGAGAUUCAAGAGAAGAGCAACAGCAGGUCUGAACUUCUCCAGCAAGCUUACAGCAAUGCUCAGAUUUUUGGGGAGGACGAAGUUGAAUUGAUGAACUGGCUGAAUGAAAUCCAUGAUAAACUGAGCAAAUUGUCAGUCCAAGAUUGCAACACAGAAUUGCUUGAGAAGCAGCACUCUGAACUACUGGACCUUCAGGAAGAGAUUCUUCUUAGAAAACAAAAUGUUGAUUUGGCUAUACAAAAUGGCUUAGAGCUUCUCAAGCAAACAACAGGUGAUGAAGUUGUAAUAAUUCAAGAUAAACUGGAAGGCAUUAAAGUGAGGUACAAAGACAUUACAAAACUGAGUUCUGAUGUAUCCAAGACCUUAGAGCAGGCUCUGCAGCUUGCUGGUCAACUGCACUCGACUCAUGAGGAACUCUGCAAAUGGCUUGAUGAAGUGGAGGUGGAGUUACUUUCAUAUGAAACUCAAAUACCAAAGGGUGAAGAAUUAAGCCAAGUACAAGAAAGACAAAAAGAGUUGAAAAAAGAAGCAAAGAACAACAAAGCCUUACUGGACACUCUGAAUGAAGUUGGCAGUGCCUUCCUCGAGCUGGUGCCAUGGAGGGCCAGAGAGGGGCUCGACAAGAUGAUAACGGAGGACAACGAACGUUACAGAUUAGUGAGUGACACAAUCUCUCAGAAGGUGGAUGAGAUUGAUGCUGCCAUCCUGAGAUCCCAGCAGUUUGAUCAAGCAGCUGAUGCUGAAUUUGCCUGGAUUGCAGAAACAGAAAAGAAACUGAUGUCUCUGGGUGAUAUUAGGCUUGAGCAAGACCAGACCACGGCUCAGCUACAAGUUCAAAAGGCUUUUACCAUGGAGAUUUUGAGGCACAAAGAUACUAUAGAUGAACUUGUUAAAUCUGGGGAUAAGAUUAUGAGCACGUGCACUGAAGAAGAGAAACAGACCAUAAAGAAAAAAAUGGAAAGCCUCUUACAGAAAUAUGAUGCAGUCUGUCAAAUGAACUCUGAGAGAAACCUCCAGCUGGAACGGGCUCAGUCCCUGGUUAACCAGUUCUGGGAGACAUAUGAAGAGCUUUGGCCAUGGUUAACUGAAACAGAAAUGAUCAUCUCUCAGCUUCCUGCACCAGCCCUUGAAUAUGAAACUUUAAAGCAACAACAGGAAGAGCAUAGGCAACUGCGUGAGCUGAUCGCUGAGCACAAGCCUCAUAUAGAUAAGAUGAACAAAACUGGGCCUCAGUUGCUGGAGCUAAGCCCAGGAGAAGGUUUUUCUAUCCAAGAGAAAUAUGUGGCAGCUGACACUCUUUACGGUAAAAUUAAGGAAGAUGUCAAAAAGCGAGCACUGGCACUGGAUGAAGCCAUUUCUCAGUGUACCCAGUUUCAUGACAAGAUAGAUCCAACUCUUGAGAGUCUGAAACGCAUUGUUGAACGUCUGAGGCAGCCGCCUUCGAUCUCAGCAGAGGUUGAGAAGAUUAAAGAGCAAAUCAGUGAAAAUAAGAAUGUGUCAGUGGAUCUGGAAAAACUUCAGCCGGUGUAUGAGACACUUAAACAGAGAGGGGAGGAAAUGAUUGCUCGCUCAGAAGGAGCUGAUAAGGAUAUAUCUGCUAAAGCUGUUCAGGAUAAACUGGACCAAAUGGUCCUCAUUUGGGAAGACAUCCAGACCUUGACUGAAGAAAGGGAGGCCAAAUUGUUGGAUGUAAUGGAACUAGCUGAAAAGUUUUGGUGUGAUCAUAUGGCUCUCGUAGUAACUAUUAAAGAUACUCAGGACUUCAUUCGAGAACUGGAGGGACCUGGAGUUGACCCAUCCGUAGUCAAACAACAGCAAGAAGCUGCUGAGGCUGCUAAAGAAGAAAUUGAUGGACUACAAGAAGAACUAGAAGCAGUUGUGAGUCUUGGCUCUGAACUUAGAGCUGCUUGUGGAGAGCCUGACAAACCUAUUGUCAACAAGAGUAUAGAUGAGCUGAAUUCUGCCUGGGAUGCCUUAAACAAAACAUGGAAAGAACGAGUGGAUAAGCUUGUCGAAGCUAUGCAGGCAGCUGUUCAGUACCAAGAUGGACUGCAGGCAAUAUUUGACUGGGUAGACAUUGCUGGCAGCAAGUUAGCAUCUAUGUCCCCUGUCGGAACAGAUCUGGAGACAGUGAAGCAGCAAACUGAGGAACUUAAGCAAUUUAAGACAGAAGCUUAUCAGCAGCAGAUAGAAAUGGAAAGACUGAACCAUCAGGCAGAACUAUUGCUGAAGAAGGUAACAGAGGAGAGUGACAAGCACACUGUUCAAGACCCUCUCUCAGAGCUCAAACUAAUGUGGGACAGCCUAGAAGAAAAAAUUAUAAAUAGACAGCACAAGCUGGAAGGUGCCUUGUUAGCCUUGGGGCAGUUCCAGCAUGCCCUGGAUGAGUUACUGACAUGGCUGACGCAUACAGAAGACUUGCUGAAUGAACAGAAACCUGUGGGUGGAGACCCCAAGGCUAUUGAAAUUGAACUUGCCAAACAUCAUGUGCUACAAAAUGAUGUUUUAGCUCAUCAGUCUACGGUGGAAGCAGUUAAGAAAGCAGGAAAUGACCUGAUUGAAUCAAGUGCUGUUGAAGAAGCAAGUAAUUUACGGAGCAAAUUGGAACUUCUGAAUCAGCGCUGGCAAAACCUUUUGGAAAAAACAGAACAAAGGAAACAGCAGCUGGACAGUGCCUUGAUCCAGGCCCAAGGUUUCCAUGGUGAAGUUGAAGAUCUGCAGCAAUGGCUGACAGACACCGAACGUCAGCUGUUGGCAUCAAAACCUGUUGGAGGCUUACCAGAAACAGCAAGAGAGCAGCUUAAUACCCAUAUGGAACUUUGUGCUGCCUUUGAAGCCAAAGAAGAGACAUAUAAGUGUCUGAUGCAGAAAGGCCAGCAGAUGCUUGCAAGAUGCCCAGAGUCUGCUGAAACAAACGUUGAGCAGGACAUAAAUAACUUAAAAGAAAAAUGGGAAUCAGUACAAACAAAGCUCAGUGAAAGAAAAACCAAACUGGAAGAAGCCCUCAAUUUAGCAAUGGAGUUCCACAACUCACUUCAAGAUUUCAUCAAUUGGCUUACUCAGGCUGAGCAAACUCUAACUGCAGCUUCUCGGCCAAGUCUUAUCUUGGACACAGUGUUGUUUCAAAUUGAUGAACACAAGGUUUUUGCCACAGAAGUGAAUUCUCAUCGAGAUCAGAUCAUAGAGCUGGAUAAAACUGGAACCCAUUUGAAAUAUUUCAGCCAGAAACAGGAUGUUGUCCUUAUUAAGAAUCUGCUGAUUAGUGUACAGAGUCGAUGGGAAAAAGUAGUUCAACGCUUAGUUGAAAGGGGAAGAGCUUUGGAUGAUGCAAGGAAAAGAGCCAAACAGUUCCAUGAAGCCUGGCACAAACUUAUGGAAUGGCUAGACGAGUCAGAGAAAUCUUUGGAUGCAGAUCUUGAAAUUGCAAAUGACCCUGACAAAAUAAAAAUGCAGCUUGCACAGCAUAAGGAAUUCCAGAAAUCUCUUGGUGCCAAACAUUCUGUGUAUGAUACAACAAAUAGGACUGGACGCUCCUUGAAAGAGAAAACCACCUUGGCUGACGACAAUUUGAAACUUGAUGAUAUGCUGAGUGAACUAAGGGAUAAGUGGGAUACAAUUUGUGGAAAAUCAGUGGAAAGACAAAAUAAACUGGAGGAAGCUCUGUUAUUUUCGGGACAAUUUACUGAUGCUCUGCAAGCACUCAUUGACUGGUUAUACAAAAUUGAACCUCAGCUAGCGGAAGAUCAGCCAGUACACGGAGACAUUGAUUUAGUGAUGAACCUGAUUGACAAUCACAAGGUCUUCCAGAAGGAGCUGGGAAAAAGAACAAGCAGUGUCCAGGCUCUGAAGCGCUCUGCCAGAGAGCUGAUAGAAGGCAGUCGUGAUGACUCUUCCUGGGUCAAAGUCCAAAUGCAAGAGCUAAGCACUCGCUGGGAGACAGUUUGUGCCCUGUCAGUAUCCAAGCAAACACGACUGGAACAAGCUCUUCGGCAGGCAGAAGAAUUCCACUCUGUUGUCCAUGUCCUUUUGGAGUGGCUGGCAGAGGCAGAGCAGGCCCUUCGUUUCCAUGGGGUUCUUCCAGAUGAUGAAGAGGCCUUGCGUACACUGAUAGACCAGCACAGGGAAUUCAUGAAGAAACUGGAAGAGAAAAAGGCAGAACUGAAUAAAGCAACAGGUAUGGGAGAAGCUAUCCUAGCUAUCUGCCACCCGGACUCCAUCACCACCAUUAAGCACUGGAUAACAAUCAUCAGAGCCAGGUUUGAAGAGGUCUUAGCAUGGGCUAAACAACAUCAACAGAGACUGGCAGGAGCUCUGGCUGGACUUAUUGCUAACCAGGAAUUGCUGGAAGCCUUGCUGUCCUGGUUGCAGUGGGCAGAGACUACACUUACUGAAAAAGAUAAAGAGGUUAUCCCCCAGGAGAUUGAGGAAGUUAAAGCACUUAUAGCCGAACAUCAGACAUUCAUGGAGGAAAUGACCAGAAAACAACCUGAUGUGGAUAAAGUUACAAAGACCCAUAAAAGAAAGGCACUUGAACCCACUCCAGUACAAUCUCAUAUUCCUGUCCUUGAUAAGGGGAGAGCAGGAAGAAAGCGUUCCCCAACACCAGGCAUAUAUCCGUCAGCAACCCAGGCGCAAAUCGAAACCAAGAAUCCGCGGGUAAACCUUUUAGUCAGCAAAUGGCAGCAAGUCUGGCUCCUGGCCUUGGAAAGAAGAAGAAAACUUAAUGAUGCUUUGGACAGACUUGAGGAGCUGAGAGAAUUUGCCAACUUUGAUUUUGAUAUUUGGAGGAAAAAGUACAUGCGAUGGAUGAACCAUAAGAAGUCUCGUGUGAUGGACUUUUUUAGGAGGAUUGACAAAGAUCAGGAUGGAAAGAUAACAAGGCAGGAAUUUAUCGAUGGAAUUCUUUCUUCAAAAUUCCCAACAAGCCGACUUGAAAUGAGUGCUGUUGCAGACAUUUUUGAUAGAGAUGGUGACGGUUAUAUUGACUAUUACGAAUUUGUAGCAGCUCUUCAUCCAAACAAAGAUGCAUACAAGCCUCUCACAGAUGCUGACAAAAUUGAAGACGAGGUUACAAGGCAGGUAGCUAAAUGUAAAUGUGCCAAACGGUUUCAGGUGGAACAGAUUGGGGAUAACAAGUACAGGUUCUUCCUGGGAAAUCAGUUUGGUGACUCUCAACAACUGCGCCUUGUUCGUAUCCUAAGAAGUACAGUCAUGGUUCGUGUUGGAGGUGGCUGGAUGGCACUUGAUGAGUUCUUAGUGAAAAAUGAUCCUUGCAGGGUUCAUCAUCACGGGAGUAAAAUGUUACGUUCGGAAUCAAACUCUUCAAUUACCACUCAGCCUACUAUAGCUAAAGGGAGGACAAAUGUGGAGCUGCGUGAAAAGUUCAUUUUGGCAGAUGGUGCCAGUCAGAGCAUGGCAGCUUUCCGACCAAGGGGCCGUAGAUCACGACCCUCUUCAAGGGGUGCUUCUCCCAACAGAUCUACUUCUCUGUCAAGUCAAGCUGGCCAGGCAGCUGCCCCGCAAGCAGUUGCUACAAGUACGCCGAAGACACCCCAUCAUUUAACACGCAACUAUGGUAAACCAUGGUUGACAAACAGCAAAACGUCAACUCCUUCUAAGCCACCAGAAUCCUCAGACUAUCAAGGGUCGUCUGCAGAGGGAACACCGAUUCAAGGAAGUAAACUCAGACUGCCAGGAUAUCUAUCAGGGAAGGGUUUCCACUCUGGAGAAGACAGUGGCAUCCUGUCAACAGCAGCUACCAGAGUUAGAGCUCAGUUUGCAGAAACGAGAAGAACUCCAAGCAGACCUGGAAGCCGAGCAGGAAGCAAGGCUGGCAGCAGGUCAAGUAGCCGCCGAGGCAGUGACGCAUCUGACUUUGACAUUUCAGAAAUCCAGUCUGUGUGCUCAGAUAUAUCAGAGACUGUUCCUGCUACAAACAGACCGACACCCCGAGCAGGUUCUCGGCCAGGAUCGGCCAAGCCUUCUAAAAUUCCAACUCCCCAGAGAAGGCCCCUAGCCAGCAAAUUGGACAAGUCCUUGAAGAGAUAAUAUGAUUGGCUCCCUAAAGGUCUUUUCCUUUUGCAUUAAGUAUUUAAGUUCGUAAGAUGUAAAAUAUUAUGUAGAAAUUAUUGUGAAAUAUCGCGAGAGGUGGAUUUUUAAUUCUGCAGAUGGCCUUAUUUGUGUAUUUGUCUUCUUAUUUUAUGUGUAUAAUUUUUCGUCAGAUUUGUUUUUCUUUCUGCCAUAUCCUGUGAGAAGGGGGAAGAGUUCUAAUGUAAACUAACAGUUGUACACAGUGAUGUGUAGAAAGUACACUAAAAAUAAUUGCCGAAUGUACAGUGUACUGAAUGUACAGUAAGCCUCUGCAACCUGAACAAAAUAGGCCUAUCACUAUGUCAUUAGUUAACAGUAAAGGAUACCUCAUGAUUUUUCUUGAAAAAGAGAAUACUAAAAAGCCAAAAGACACAAUUACACAUUUUGAGCUAAGUAAACAAACACUAAAGGAUGUACGUCAAAACUACUAAGGAAUACAAACCCACGUUCACGUUACCCUUAUUUAUACAGCAUCUCUCAGAGAACUCACAGAGUUAAUUAAGCACUCGCCAGUAAUAUGAUACUCCAAUACCUUGCAGCGUUUCUGUGCCAUUGCUUUCAACGAGGCCAGACACAUUCUGGAUAUCUGAACUACUAUUCUGUAAGAAUAUCAAUAUAAAGUGCAUUCAUGUAAAUGUGAGGUUUUCUUUUGCUUGAGUGGAUGGUAGCACUGUAUCAUUGAACUCAUUUUGUAUCAAAGCAAUUUUGCUUGCAGAACGCUCUGAAAUAAACAUGUCCCUUAACUUUAUUUUUAUUGUAUUUCUUAUUUCACAGGAAGAUAAUUUUCUGCAUUGUUUUAGGCAUAUAUGAUUUCAGAUGACCAAUAAUUACCAUAGUAACAUAGGUUUUAAUGUAAUUUCCCAUUAUCAGCAAUCAGAUUUUGGUUAGCUACUGUAUUUGUUUAAUAAAACAGUAAAUUGCACAUA